AUGCAGGCUGAAGGGCGGUGUACCCACGACGGGCACCUCUACUUGAACAAGCAGUGGGAGCACAUCAAGCACAUGCAGUCCGGCUUUGUGGGUUGGGUCGUAGACCACCUUCCCGACCGCAUGCCCACGAUCCUGCAGAACCGCGUCACGGUGACCGAGUUCCCGGAGAACGGAGAGACGCCCGAGUUCCCCCCGACGUACACGAAGGACAAAGUCCCCUUCAAUCACGACGGCUUCCAGGGGCACGUGCCCAUGAUCACGAUCGGACGUUACGGCAAGAUUCUGCUGAAGAAUCGCCCCUCGGACCAGGCUUUCAUCGCGAUGGUGAACGCCUCCAAGAAGAUCAUCCGCAUGGCUCUCCAGGACAUCGGGCCCUGCUGCUUCCCGGGGACGAAGAUAGCACUUCCCGGGUGCACUUGGCCCAAGCCGUACCUUCAGGCACUCGGCAAGGCCAUCUUGGAACGGGGUGUUGACCUGGAGAUCGCAGUGAGUAAUCCUGGCUCAAUUCCAGGUAACCUCAGUCCCACCGAAGCGCUCUAUGGGAACGGUUGGGAGUGCGCUGAUGUCGCUGCUGAAAUCAUCAAGACGAUCCAGACGAAGUCGACGACGGUGAUGACGACACAGAAGACGACGCGGGAUUACGGCGCAUCAUCACGGAGAACCUUCGUAUUUGUUACAUCAGACAGGGUAUGA